UGGUUCAAUUGCAUGAAAUCAUCAAAACUAUGGGCAUAGUCUUCUAACAAUUCCAUCAAACACUAAUUGGAAAGCCUCAAAAAGAGCACUUUAAAGACUCAGGUGAGCAUCCAAUUCUUACAACAAUUUUUUUGCAAUCUUAGACAUGUUAGAAAAUAGUUUGAAGUCCAUCUCGAGAUCGAUAAUCUCCGGCAAUAGAUUUAGGCUAAAGAAAUAUGAUCAUGGCGGAGUCGGAUUAGGCAUAGUUGUCGCUCUUGACAAAUCUCAUGAGGGUAAUCUAGCCUUGUGUAGCCGGAAUUUGAUUCGAUCUGACCCAGUUCCAGUCAAUCCACACGGGAAUUCGUCUAGAUUUAGGGGUGAUUUUGAUAGAACGGAGAUGGACAGUAAUUUCGAGGAGGAUUACACUAUUGUGACUUGUCACGGUCCAAACAAGUCCUAUACUAAGGUGUAUUUUGAUGGAGAUAAACAUGGUAGAAGAGGUGAUGACUUCAGAAUACACCACAAUAACGCAAAGACUAAAAGGGCAAGCGUUUUCGACAUAUCUCCAGCAAGAUCCAUAGAAACUACCGGAUUUCCAGCUUCAGAUUUUCUCAGUUCUUGUCAUAUGUGCCAGAAGAAACUCCAUGGCAAAGACAUAUACAUGUACAGGGGUGAGAAAGCAUUCUGCAGCACAGAAUGUAGACACAGACAAAUAGUGAUGGAUGAGCGCAAAGAAAAGAAGUGCAGUUCUGAAGUUUCAAGAUCUGCUGAUCUUUCAAACUCACCUUAUACAAAUGACAACAUCUUUUCAACUGGAAUUCUGGCAAUCUAGGCUAAAUAAAUGGCUUGCAGAUUAUCUAGCCAUUAAAUAUUAUUAGUAAUAUUUAUAUAAAUUUUUGUCUUUAAUGAUCAGCUCUUGGUUGUUGGGGACAGUGCAUCAGCAUCUGACCAACUUAGAUGAUCAGCUCCUUAGUCUAUAAAGCAUAAAUCUUGCAGAUGAAAAGAGAAGAAAUGUUAUUCUCCUCACUUUGCCUGCACAAACAGAGAGACAACACAAAUAAAAUCCUUGCAAAAAAGCGAAUAAGACUUGCUUUUAUGGAAAAUAACUUCGAUAGAAAGAAAUAAAUUACAAACUCGCAUGCAUUAUAGAAAUGAGUUUUCUCGUUUGUACUUAAAUGAAUUUGUGUUCCACUA